AAUCGGUUCUUAAUCUCCUCACCAUAUUUACUCAGAGAAUUUCAAGCCAGAAGCAAAGACAGGAGAGGUGUGUUGGAGCUCGAGAACCCUGGCCACCCAGUAGUCCUUGCACAUUCCUACAGAAAGGAGAGAAGAAGCAUCACAAGCAGAGCUUCCUCCAUUGUCAAAGGGAGUCUUUUAUUAAACCAUGGAGUUUCCAGAUCUGACAAUGCCAGUCUUACUUGUGAUUAGAAUAUAAAAGGACAACUCUGCCCUGAGAAAUGAAUGGGUCUGCUGGAACUGCUACUCUUACCAUGGGUGACGGAGUGGCCAGCACAUAGGUUCAUUCCUAGUUGCUACUGGCACCUCAGAAGGUUUUCCAAGGCGAGGAAGAGAACAGAGUCCUAGUCCCUCUCUUCUAGUGCUCUCUCUGCUACUCCAUACUUAAUAUGAGCACACACCUUUCUUCCAGAAAGAUGGAUAACUUCCUUCAGAAGAACAAAAAGACAAAAGGUUAACACACUGAACAGCUUCAGCAUACAACCUUCAAGGAACAUUUCAAGGACAAAGUGACUCAGAGGUGUGAAACAUCAGUUGAGAAGUUCCGUUUCUGAUCCCCAGCAGUUCUGGUGUCAGCCAGUGUCACACUUCCCAGGGUGACAAGGUGCCACUAUCUAUGCAACAUCUGUGCAGAUUUUUUGGCACUUUACAACCAAAGAACUCGGAUUGGACUCAACAAGACAUGUGAAAUGGCAAAGAAGGGUGAAGUUGCAAAAAUAAAAGAUUAUAAGAGUGUGACAGAAUUAAGAAUUGCUGACUGGGACAAGUUUACUCAUUUCAGACUUCAAAGGAAUCAGAGAGAGAAGACACUGCUUAUUUAAGAGACCAUUUCUCAGCCCUUUGCUCUUUUGAAGCUUUUUGUAAGUAACCAGCAACAGAGGAGCUUAGGAGGAUGCCUAACAGCAGCACAGCCCAGCUGAACCAUUCCUCCAGCGAGAGGCUGCCGAACAUCUCAGAGGAGGUCAGCAUCAUUCUCAUAACCCUGUACAUCAUCAACCUGGCUGGUGGUACCCUCGGGGUCAUCAGGAUGUCCCAUGAGUUGUUUCAAAGGAGCCAGCAGUCUGUGAUGACCCCUAUCAUCAUCAGCCUCCUGGUCCUGCACACUUUUAUGCUACUCAGCAUCCCCUUCCGCCUCAGCUACUACAUUUUAGGGGAAUGGAAAUUUGGGAGGUUUGCCUGCAAGCUAACAAGUGCCAUCAUCUACCUCCACAUGUACUCCACCUUCACUUUUUACGUGGCUAUCAUCUUAAUACGCCUCUUCCGACUGGAAUUUCGGAAGUGCUACACUGUAGCCUGGGUGACUGCUGUCUGGCUGGUGGGAAUGCCCGUGAUCACACCUGUCCUUCUCUCGUACUAUGGCACCUCUAAGACAUACCACUCCUCCAAAUGUUUCCAGUUCCACACGGAGAUACAAGAGAUGCACAUGGUGAUCUUAAACUACUGCUUCAUUGGGAUUUUGGUGGCAGUUUGUUCUUUGCUCACUGUAAUCCAGCUGUCUGUGAUCUAUCGACUGGCUGUGAAGUACUGGCCUGAUCUCAACUCCCAUGUGGAAUUCAGGGCUCAAGCAAAGAGCUUCUUCUUCAUCUUGGUAAACUUAGUGUGCUUUAUGCCUCAUCACGUAUUCAGAGUAUAUUACAUCCAAAACUACCACCUGGAUAAAGACCAUAAACUACUCCCAUACAAUGAAAUUUUUUUAGCUUUAACAACAAUGUGCUGCUUGGACAUGUUGUGUUUCAUAGCAGGGAUAGCCCACUGAACUGUGAACACCCAGGAAAUCCAGCUGCAGUGUGUCAAUACUUGAUUUUGGCAGAAAUAAA